AUGUCGUCCAAGUACAGCGGCCUCCCGGAUAUCGCAAGUGACACCGCAGCGGACAUCUUCGAGACAGUCGACGAACCAGACACCCUGCUCAAACCCAGCGAGAACAAUACUGGAGACGCUGAUGCCCCAGUAAAGCCCCAAUCAGAGGCGAUCAAUGCCAAAGGCCUUCCCUCGCGACGUCAAGCCGAGCGUGUCUUUGCUCGUGGGGCAAGGCGGCCAGAGAACGCGACAGUAUCGUUCAGACCUCGUCUCCCGCCACUGUCCCGCUACGGAUCCUCUUCCUCCUCCGACUCUGAUGAGCCCUCACCUCUACCACGCGAAACCCCGGCUGCCCGGCUGAGGCGGUUGAAAGCAGAGCUCGCCGAAGUCGAAGCUCAACUCGGAUCGUCCUCUCAGACCCAAUCUCAUCCCGUGCCUCAGCCCCAGGCAGAGGGGAAGCGAAAGUCGGUCUUGCCGCACAGACAGCCUGUGGACGUCGUUUCAGAGCUGGCCAAUGUCAGAGAAAGACUGGAAACGAUGGAGAUGAGGGAUCUGCCUGCUGGAGAGGUGGAAAGCCGAGGCGGGGAAUGGAGUGAGAGAUUGUCAAAGCUCACGGCAGCCGAGAAACGCAAAGAAGUGUCUGUUGGUCAGAGCACGGCGGGUGAGAAGGACGUAAAGCUAUCUGAUGUGGACAAGAGACUUGCGGCACUGGAGCAAGCUGUCGGCCCUAUUGGAGAUGGCAUCGACCAGACCAAUACUCCUUUGCUGCCAUCUAUCAACAAACAUGACCACCUCCUCACUCUCCUCACCCAACCCCGCCAUCUCGAUGCCAUCUCCCGGCGCGUCAAGCUUUUGCUCGUCGACCUCGACCGUGCUGCUACUGCCUCCCGUCGUGGGCCUGGUGGCUCUGCCAUUACCCAACCAGGUGGCGGGGAAAAGGCGACGGGCACGGAUCUGGCAUUGACCCAAGCAGAGUACAACCAACUCCAAUCUCUUUUCGGCGUAUUACCAAGAUUGGACCCACUUUUGCCGAUCCUGACACCUCUUCUCGCCAGGUUGAGAUCUCUCUCGGCGUUACACUCUGAAGCGAGCGAUAUCGCCUCGGCCCUGAAGAAACUGCAGACGAGAGAUAGGAAGAGCGUGGAAGAGGUGAAGGAGCUGGAGGUGGUGGUGGAGAGUGUGCAGAAGGGUCUGGGAGAGGCGGUUGAGGGGAUCAGGAGGAACUGGGAAGGGCUGGAGGGAAGGAUGAAGAGUCUGGAGGAGAGGUUGCAGAGGGUUGAGAGACAAUAA